GAGUCACUCAGUCAGCUGAUGCAAGGGCGCCGAGAGGGAUCUGUGCCAGUGUUCCUUCGCUUCCACCGCUGCUCGCUCGCUGUCGGUGCUAUAUGAAUCGUUCGAAUUUGUGAGGGAUUUUUUUAAAGUUCGCUGUUUGAUCGACACCAUGAGUGGCUUCGACGAAAUUCUGGGAACGGAAAUCGAAGUUCGGAAAAGAACUUUAGAUCAGCAAUCGCUUGACACAGACAAGGACCUUCCAGAUGCCGCGUUAGACUCGGAUUUAUUCCCCGAAUUCAGUAAGCUCCUGGAAGACCACGAACCAGGGGACGAUGACAGCCAGGGAUGCCCACUGCCAGGAACGCCGGAGGACGAGUCCCUCAUCGACUCAAAGGAGGAUGAAGAAUUGCGACACAGAGUAGUCAAUCACGAACCACACGAUGACGAUCUUGCACUCAGUUCUAUGGCCCAGAGUGCCUUCGAGACUGCGGAGGAGUUAGUGCACAAGGUCUGGGAAGAAGUUUCGAGUUGGAAGACGCAACCUUUCUCAAAGCUGCCCAAGUGGCUCCAAGACAACGAUUUCCUUCAUCACUGGCACAGGCCUCCGCUCCCUUCAUUCGCUGCCUGCUUCAAAUCUAUAUUUAGGAUCCACACUGAAACGGGAAAUAUUUGGACACAUCUUCUAGGUAAGUAAAGAGUAUACUUUCCAAGCAGCUUGUGUGUUG